AUGCCUUCCUCCAGGUGCUUGCAGAUAUGGCUGCCACAUGCCGUGUAUGAGGACCACAUGCCAGCAGACCGCAUGGUGCUGUGUAAGCUGGGCUGUGUGCCAGCAAUAGCUGAUCGAUCGCAUGGUGCAGCGCAAACUGGUUAUAAGUCGUUCCGCCCUCCCCCUCUCCCCUCUCCCCCUCUAGCAGGCCGCAUGCUGCUGCGCAAGCUGGCACAGGACAUGGGCGAGCGGCCGCGCCUGCAGUUGAGCAAGGGGGAAACCAGGGGAGCGUUUGUCUGGGUCAGCAGACCGCAUGGUGAUGCGCAAGCUGCUUAUUACUUGGAGUCGUCCCCCCUCCCCCCUUCUCCCCGCUUCCCCAAACCCACCACCCCCACCCCACCCACCCCCCAGGUGCCCCAUCCGCCCAAUCCACCCCAUCCAGAAGCCGCCUAA